AUUAAUGAUAAGAUACGAGAUGUGAAGUGUGAACAGUCAUGAGUCACACCUGCCACUGUGGACACCGUCUGUCCAGACGAUGGCGUGUUGUGCCAAUCUCGCGCCUGCGUUGCUGCUGCACGUCAAUUUGUUACUGAUGGUGCUGGUAGGUGGAGUUUUGCUGACGGGGCUGCGUGCAUGCUGGGACCCAACACUUUAUGUGCCAGCACGCGAACUUUUUCCGCUCGAGUAUCGUGUUACCGCCGUGUUGCUGCCUACGUUGGCCCUUGUCACGUUACUCGCCUGUCACGCUUCAAUUCUUGCGCUACGCUGUCAUCGCCGCUCUCUGCGUCGCGUGCUUCUUUAUCUGUACGCUGCAAUUCUCGUGGCAUGCAGCAUCGCACAAACAGCAUGUGGAGCCUGGGUAUGGGCACGCUCCACCGAUUGGGCGCAGGGUGAGCAAGCGCGGGAGGUCCGACGCGCGGCGGCAUUAGGUGAACACCUACAGCCAUUACUAGAAGAGUUAGCACAAUGGCCAUCACUACCCCAGAUAGCACGUGUGGCCGCACUGAUGCGUGAAGCUCGCGAUGAUCUGCCACGUCAGCUUCGAGCUAUGAGCGCUGCCGCAAUCAUGCUAUUGACGUUGCAAUUGCUAGCAGCACUGUUAGCGCUGAUCUCAGCUAUUGGCCCACCUCGCCGCGCGCCGUCAAUACUGACACUCUCAACACCACUCAGGGUAGCAGUCGCAAAGGAAAAUCUAGAGCGGUAUACCGUGACGGAAGACUGUGGCUGCUACAGGAUGACCGCAAAGAGAACGCGCCACUCGCUUGCACCUGAGACUACUUGCGCCAGCCACUACUCACAACUGCCUAUUUGCUCAAGAACAUGUUAGACAUGAAUAUUCGUGUAAUAAAACUAUGUGAUUAAGUAUAAAGUGAUAAAAGAGGA